AUGCUGCCAAGUGCCGUGCGGCUCGCGGCCUCCGAGGCAGGUUCGUUUACGCCACGGACCAAGUUUGAGUUUCCCAUCAAGACACCAUCAUGGUACAUUGGCCAUAUGCAUCGGGCCAUGCGCUCGAUCCCGUCUAUGCUGGCGCGAACGCCUCCGCCUUUGGUGAUCGAGGUGCGUGACGCGCGUGUGCCUUUCACAAGCAUUAAUCCAGCGUUUGAAAAGGCGCUCCAAAAUGCGCCAUCUGCGAAUGAGCGCGUCCGCAUAGCCCCACAAACGUACAUGCCAGGAUGGGCAGCCCGGCGGCUCGUCGUGUACACGAAAUCCGAUCAAAUUGAGCCUGCCUGGGAAUCGCCCAUUCUUCAUGCGCUGUCUCAACAUACCCUGGACAAGAAUGUUAUGUUCGUUGAUACACGGAAAAAAAGCGACGUGCAACGUGUCUACGAUUGGGUAUGUGCGCGUGCCAAGCUCCUUAGCAAGUCCGCGGCACAGGCGGCCACCCGACGCCCAGCGAGUGCCAUGCGCCACUCUCAUCUAUCAGGCGCGGCCAAGCACACUUCGACACCCGAAACGGGCGUGCGCCUCCUCGUGGUAGGCAUGCCGAAUGUCGGCAAGAGCUCGCUUCUCAACGCACUCCGCUUCGUGGGAACAGGCAAACCCGGCGCCGCUAGCACGCAUCCUCACCCCGGACAUACGCGCAAAGUCACAGGCACCGUGCGCAUAACGCCCAGUACGCCGUCCCUCGCGCGUCUGGACAGGUCGGGCGGAAUCGAUAUGAAGCGUCUCGUGGCUCACGAGGCCAAGAGGGGCCCAGCCGUGUACGUGUACGACACGCCCGGUAUUAUGGUACCAUUUCUGGGCGCGCCAGAAGAGGGCGGUGCCGAGGCAGCGCUCAAGCUCGCACUGAUCGGAUGCAUGAAGCAGACACUCUUUGAUCCUGAGGAGCUGGCUGACUAUUUGCUAUUUCGCAUGAACCAGCGCUACUUGUAUGCGUGCGCACACGCAAACGGACAAGACGUGCCCUGGCCCGCCUACACUGGGUUGAUGCGCACACCGACGCUGACGGACGACAGCCAGGCGUUCCUAACCAGCGUGGCGGAAAAAGCACCAGGGGCUCGUCAACGUGGCGGCUACUUGAAUCUGACGGUCGCAGCCGAUCAUGUCAUUACGCAGUUUCAGCGUGGUUUGCUGGGCAGCCGCGAAUUGGAUUUGGGCUUGGCAGAAGGCCCGGACGAUGUGGCGCUGUCCAGCGACCUGAAAGCCCAUGUGGCUCGACGCUUGCGUCAAGCCAUGGAGCGAAUCCCAUGA